AUGACCUCUGGUCAGACGGUUCCUAUCAUGAUUACAAGUGCUGCUGCGGCUAAUCCCAUGAAUGAUGUGCUGACUACUGCUAGUUCUCAGCUGUCGUUCUCGUUCGGCCCGCUUGGAAAUGCAUUUACUCCGACUGCUUCGGUCGGUGAGCAUCUCCCAUACACGAACUCGAGGCUCCACAUUCCGUUCUACGCGCUCAAGAACCCCGCGCCAAUCAUCCAGAAGCCGAUCAAGACUGUUCGCUACCUUGAUUGCUUUGCACAAAUGUUCCGCAAAGCCGCUGGAGUGUCUCCUGAUACCCCCACUGGCCAGCCGAAUGCUCCGUUCGAUCUCAACAUCUCUGGAUACAAGAAGAAUGUGAAGUAA